AUGGUAUCCGAAGACACGACGCUAUACCAACAAUUGCACAAGCUGACGGCCAUACAAUCCGAACAAGAACUGGCAAAUUUUCUCAAUCUCCUAUGGAAAACUCGCAAGACUGGUCUCUCUGUCUCCGAUAAAUCCUCAGUCCACUCGCUUUUCAAAGUCCCAUCUCUCGGCGACCUCGACCUGGUUUUGGCAUGCGGUCGCUCACUUCUCAGAAAAUGUGUGCACGAGAACUUAGAUGGCGAUGAUAUUUUGAAGCUGCUUCCACAUAAUCUUCCUCUCGAACUUCAACGCAUGCUUCUAAUGUCAUUGCAGAAAUAUCAGAGCCAGUGGAAGCAGGAGCUGUCAGAGGAGCAGCAUCUAUUAGGAAGGACUGGAUGUUUGCAUCAAGUUAAUACCAACUUGCCGCCACCUUUAUCAUCUUUUGCCUCUUCAGAAGGUUGUGGAGCAUCAUGGUCUCGGCAAGUUAAUCCAGUCCCUCAAUUUGAUGGUCAGCAUCUUGGAGGUCCUAUGUCAAUCAAUGUCUCAUGCUCUUCACAGGUGCCACUUCAAAAUAAUGUUAGCCCUGCAGAAGUAUUGGGAAUUCUUCCACGACUGAAGUCUAUGGCUUGGACUCUGGAGAAUAAAAACAAGGUGCCAGCUAAUCGAGUGGCUAUUAUAACUCUUAAGCUGCAAGAUUUCACCAAGUCUCCUUCAACAGAGAUAGAGGUGAAGUUUCGGCUUAGCAGAGACACUCUCGAUGCAAUGUUGAGAUCAAUGACCUACAUCAGUGAACAACUAUCGCGCUUUGUUGGAUCUGCAUCAGCGCCAACGCAGAAGCGGCAAAGACACUAA